AUGCAAUCUAUAACAUUGCAUGAUAAUGAAAGCAAUGAAAAAUCUUCAAAAAAAAUUUUCGUUACUGAAGAAAUCUUAUCAAUCAAUGAACGUUUAUAUAUAAAUUUUACUGAAACAUGUCCAUUAUUCUUAUUAAAAGAAGGCAUUGAUCAUCGUUUUGAAUUUCUUGAUUUUGCUCCUGAUUUAUAUAUAAGACAACAAUUUCAUCCAAUAAAUCAUGAUGAAUUUAUUUUAAAUAAUACGGAAACACCAAUUGAACAAAUCACUAAUACAAAUACAAUUCAUACACAAUUAUUUCCAAAUAAGAUUCCACAAAAAAUUCAUCCAACAACUGAAAUUGAAUAUAAUCAACGUAACUGUCGUUGUAAUUAUUUACUUGUUGAAAUCUAUCGUUUAUUAAUAAAAUUAUGGGAUCAAUCAUCAAAUAUAGAAAAAGUUCUUUAUUAUUCAUUAGAAUUAGCACGUGUUGAAUUAACACGAACAAAUUAUUAUGAAUCAAAAAUAAUCUUACAAAAUAUCCUUGAACGAUUAGAAAAAGAACGGAAUUAUUUAAAUUUACCAUCUUUUUUUGAGCCACAAAAUGACUUAUUAUCAGAGUCUGUUUAUCGAAUGCGUAAAAAUGAUGAAGCUUUUUUAUAUGUUGUUUAUGGUUUAAAAAUUUUAAAUGUUCAAUUAAUUGAUUUUCGUUCUCGUGAUUCAUCAAAAUUAAAAAGUCAAUGUAAACAAUUACGUCAUACACUUAUACGAACACUUAUACGACCAACAAUAAAUAAAAAAUUAUCCGAUGAUGAAAUUAUUCAAAGAUAUUUUACAGGUAAAUUAUUAUUUCGUGCUGGACAAUGUGCAAGACGUCAUGGACAAUUAUUAUUUUCUUAUUUUUGUGUAUUAAAUGCAACAUUAUCAUUAAUUCAAUGUCAAUUUAUAUUAACAUCAUAUGAACAUUGUCAAUCAUUAACAUUACUUGCUGAAUUAUCACAUGAUCUUAAACGUAUGGAAGAUUGUGAUUUAUUUGUUCAAGCUAUUAUUAAAUAUAUUGAACCAAUUCAUAUUGGUUAUGAAACAAUUGCUAUUAAAUCAAAUUGGUUAUCAAUGACAUGGAAUUUAUAUCGAGGAAAAAUUGAUCGAGCUUUAAAUGAUUCAUAUAAAAUAAAAGAUUUAUUAAAUAAAAUUGGUGCUUAUGAAAAUCUUAUGUCAGUUGCAACUUAUAGUUUACAAGCAGCAUUAAUUGGUCGACGAGAAGAAGUUAUACGUGAUCUUAUUGAUAUUAUUGAUAAUGAAUCAAAUCGUCCAUUAAAAUAUGAAAAUCGUUUAUGGUCAUUCAUAUUAGCACUUGAAGCAUUUGUUGAACUUAAUAUAGAAUAUGAUGAAAAUUUAUUAAAUGAAAUUGCACUUGCUAUUGAUUAUGUUCUUGAACAUUUAGAAAAGAAAACAUCAACACCAGGAGAUAUUCAUAAAUUUUUAACAAUAGUUUUUUAUGCACAAGCUACUUUAGUAGAAUGUUAUACAAAAAUUGUUAAAUUAGAUAGAGCAAAUGAGGUAUGA